GACCCUGCCUCGCGCGCUGCCCGCGCCAUGAAGCACAUCCCGGUUCUCGAGGACGGGCCGUGGAAGACCGUGUGCGUGAAGGAGCUGAACGGCCUCAAGAAGCUCAAGCGGAAAGGCAAGGAGCCGGCGAGGCGCGCGAACGGCUAUAAAACUUUCCGAUUGGACUUGGAAGCGCCGGAGCACGGCGCCACCGCCACCAACGGGCUGCGCGACAGGACCCAGAGGCUGCAGCCGGUCGCGGCCCCGGUGUCAGCCCAGCUGGCGCCGGCUGUUCCUUCAGGUGGGGGCGCGGACCCGGCUGGGGAGCGCAGGGGCGCUCGGGCGCCGGACGUCUCCGACGCGCGGAAGCGCGGCUUCGCCCUGGGCGCAGUGGGGCCGGGACUCCCCACGCCGCCGCCGCCGCUGCCACCGCCACCGCUGCCGCCGCCUCCGGCGCCCCAGGGCCAAGUACCCGGGGGUCCCGAGGCGCAACCUUUCCGGGAGCCCGGCCUUCGUCCCCGUAUCUUGCUGUGCGCACCGCCUGCACGCCCCACGCCGUCGGCGCCCCCUGCGCCCCCGGAGUCUUCCGUGCGCCCCGCGCCCCCCACGCGCCCCGGGGAAAGUUCUUACUCGUCAAUUUCACACGUAAUUUACAAUAACCCCCCGGAUUCCUCCGCGUCGCCUAGGAAACGGCCGGGCGAAGCGACCACCGCUGCCUCGGAGAUCAAAGCCCUGCAGCAGACCCGGAGGCUCCUAGCGAACGCCAGGGAGCGGACGCGGGUGCACACGAUUAGUGCAGCCUUCGAGGCGCUCAGGAAGCAGGUGCCGUGUUACUCCUACGGGCAGAAGCUGUCCAAACUGGCCAUCCUGAGAAUCGCCUGUAACUACAUCCUGUCCCUGGCGCGGCUGGCAGACCUCGACUACAGCGCCGACCACAGUAACCUCAGCUUCUCCGAGUGCGUGCAGCGCUGCACCCGCACCCUGCAAGCCGAGGGACGCGCCAAGAAGCGCAAGGAGUGACUGGUCCCAGGCUAGACCAAGGAUGCUGCUGUGCGCCUUCUUUCUGGUCAAGCCUGAGGAGAAGGUGAGCUCUCCAAAUCCAGCCUUGUCUUCUUCUCCAAGAUACCACCAGAUGCUCAGACCACUGCCUCUCAGGGUGGGGCAGGGGCACACCUGCCUCCCUCUCACCCUCCUGUCCCCCCUCGGCCACUCUGGUGACUCCGCACUUUGCCCUCUGCCUGGUGGGGAGGGGGAGAGCAAAGCCUCCCCCUUGCCCAGGGCUGCAGUAAUUCAUUGCCAAAGAUUCCACAGAGACACUGAACAAAUUGUGAGAACACCCCUCAAUGAGAAGCCGCACCAUUGCUCUAUGACUUGUGCUCCUCCUCUUGCCAAAGCCAUCCCAAGCCAAAGACGAGUCAGCAAUGAUCCCACUGGAAACUCAUGGAAGGGAUGGAUGUUUGGUGACCAUUGGAAGGGCUCCACCCUCUGACCUGGAACUCUCUUUCUACACUGGGCCCUGAGCCGGCUGGGUACAAGAUAAACUUUCUGGGGGUGGUGAGAGAGGGCUGGGGGCACUUGCAUGGAGUGGGAUAUGAGAUCCUGGCCCUCUUCUCGCCCUUGCACUGGCUGCUUAGGCCUCUGACCCUGAUUCUCAGUGUUCCCUGGGUCUAGGCUCCUUGGGCCCUGAGCAUCAAGGCAAAGGAGAAAGGGAGGAAAGAAGCAAUAUUGACCACCCUGUAUUCCACCCCAGGGACUUGCCCCACCAAGGUCACCUAAAGUGUCUCUGUUGGCCAGCCAGCCACGCCUUGCCUGUAGCUCUCACUCCUGGCUGGGAAAACAAGAUGGUGCCCUGCACGAAGGCCAGUAGUCUGUUCCCGGUUAUGCAGUGGGGAGGGGGGUGCAGAGGGGAAGAAGGGACCAGGGGAACGGGCCAGUAAUUUGGGGAGGGAGGAAGUCAUGUUCAAAGCCAAGGCCUGUUCUUCCUUGUGCUCAAAAGGCCAAAGCUGUUCACAUCUGUGCUCAACCAUCUGCUUCAAAUUGAAGUAAAAGCCCCAACAUGUAAAGAAAACACUUGCUCGUGUUGAAUGGACUCUGUGGGCGACCAGGACUGUGGCUGGUCAGUUGAGGGGCAGUUGUGGGGGAGGGGAGAGGCUGGUCUCGGCCUAGAGGUUGAGAACCCUUCAGGAGGUGGGCAGUGUGUGAGUGUGUAUGUCUGUGUGUGUCAGGGGGUAGGGGGCCCGCACCAUGACCUCAGCCUGGACUAGUGACCAGGACGCCUGGUCAGAAAUGUGGGGACCUCUUUCCACCUCAGACCUCACUCACUUCGUUCAGCCCCAGGACACCUUCUCUUGUCUGUUCCUCAGGCUCCUGGGCCGGGGCUGGAGUGUCUGCAGGCCCAGUGAGCUGACCGGAGCCUCCCUCCCUUGCACAAGUGUUUCCCAUGCACAGCCCUUGGGCAAGAACCAGAUUGUUGAGCUGUUCUGGAUCUGGGACAGAAGCAGGGGACCCAGAUGUUCAUAGUGCUCCUCAAAGCAAAGGUGCCCUGGAAGCCAGAUAGACAGAGUGGGCUUGGGAUGGGGGUGACAAGGGGAUGGUUCAGAAAAGGGGCACCUGGAUGGCUCCGUUGGUGAAACAGCCGGCUCUU